AUGGCGGUCGUGUAUAAAUACACCAUCAUAUACUUCACUCUGGUAAUACAAGAAUCAAUGUCCAGUUAUAUUGAUAGAGAUAUGUGUUUAGAGACAGUUGCAAGAUUUAAUGAUGACCGACACAAAUGCUAUUUUAAUUCCAUGACAGCAGAGGACAUUUUACAAAAGAUCACCACCUGCCCUAAAAAAUGCAAUUUUCGGAUAGAUUAUUUGCAUGACAGUAACUCACUGUGGAAUAUUGAUUUAACAAUAAGCAAUUGGGAAAAAAUGCUCUACCCUUGUUUGUAUAAUAAUCCUACCAAUAUAUAUAUAAUUAUCAACUGUUCAUCGUGGAAAGCUAGUGAAUACAUAAUUUGGGACGAUGUUUUUGCCUGCUCAGUAAACGAUGCACAGUGUGUCCGUAUAGACAGUUACUGUGUCUGUCAUUGUAUGUCUGGAUAUAUUUUGGAGGACAAAAAGUGCUUGAAAAAAUUGGUAAACAUUAGUGGUAUAUGUGAGUUUGAUUGGCAAUGCAAUGGAACAGAAUUUGCAAAUGUUUGUGAUCAUGGCUUAUGUUCAUGCAGCCCAGGAUACAUCCAAAUUGACAGGAAGUGCUACAUGUACCAAGGAAAUCUUACAUUAAAUGAUACGUGUGAGUUAACAGAACAGUGUAGCCAACCAUUCUCAGUUUGUUUUCAAGGGAAAUGUCAAUGUAUAAAUGGCUAUUCUGAAUUUGAUAGAAAAGACUGCCUCAAAGAAACUGUUCCUGUCGGUGGGUUUUGUAGCUUACACGAACAAUGCACCGGAAGUAAUAAUUCUGGAGUGUGCGAAAACGGAAGAUGUACAUGUUCAAAAGGAUUCACGUUUAUUGACUUGUCGUGUGAAAAAAACGUCAACAUUGGAGUUACACUUGGGACAUUGUUUGGGGGAUUUAUUCUUGGUGUGAUUGUAACAGCUGUUGCAACGAUACUGAUGCACAAAAGAUUAAAAUUUGGAAUCACAAACAGAGAGGACCUCAGCGUUAUGUUUGCAGACAACAGAAAGUACGGUUGUGCAGGAUUUGAUGACAGUGGUGCUCGAAUUUCUAAUAGAAACGACAUAAAGCAAAAUGUUGCAACAUUAUCCCCAUUUUCUUUUGCUAAAGAAACACAAGGAUACAAUUUGUCCAGCAAACAAGAAGAUGAAAGUGCCGAAGACGUCUACAAUCAAUUGCGUGAACAAACAGAGCACGAUGACGACACUUACGAUCACGCAUGCGCUGCGCCCAAUCACAGUACAGAUCUGAGUGAUUACAGUAAUAUACAAGAUGCAGCCACUUUUCGAACACCACCGUCAGAAGAUGGAGAUGAUUAUUCUACAUUAAGACAUUGAACAAGCAAGGAUUGUCAAUAAUUUUAUGAAUUAGUAAACUAAUAUUGAUCUGUUUACAACAUAUUAUUUAUUGUUCUCAAUAUAAUGGAAUUUGUUAGAGACUGACAUGAUUAUUUUAGAUUUGGCUUCUAGAAAAUGUUUUAAAACAUUAAAUAUUUACUAUAUUUCAUGGUACAUGUAUGUUGGCGGCUUUGUGCACUCAGUACAAAUUAGCAUUCACUGAAAAUAAAUGAAAUAUGUAAAAAUGUAUUUCAUGGAGAUAUUAGCGAAGAACCCGCCCGGGGAUCAUACAGUU